UGUCCGGCAACUCCACAUUUGGUGAGGGCCCCCCUCAGCAUAUACUAAGGAUAUUGGUUACAUACACAGUUUGGGAGCCACUGAGUAACCCCCCUAUGAUCAAGCAGGAGAGAUGGGUGGGGCCACAAAUGGGUUCCAUUGAUUCAGGGGUUAAUGAGUCCAGCCUAUUGGUCCCCAGAAGCCCCCGUCAUCAACGUACCCCACUGCCCCCCCACAGAUAGCGCUGCAGGCUCCAUGGCCCCCCAAGUCUCCCCAUUGCAGAGAAUGGAUAUACUCCCUGCACCCCGAGAACAAUGAGCUGUUGUUGGGCAGUGAGGGAGCUGGCAGUUAGGGAGAGGCAGAUAAGCAGCGUCCGACAGUAAAUAUUGAUUCAGUUUCAUUAGAAAGAUUGGGAAUUCCUUAGGUUUUUAUUGUUUCCUAUCAAUAGUGAGUAGCUAUGAAUGUUAUCCCCCGGCAACCACCCUGGCGCCAACUGAUCCAGGGGCCGAUACAGGCGGCUCAGUCCUAUAAAGUCAGCGCCCGACUCUCACUGUCACUUCCUGCAUACGGGGAAACCGGGAACAUUCAGAAAUGGGCUUUCUACUCACUGCUGCCCUCUUGUGCAUCGUGUCUGGUACUGCAGCUCAGAACAAUAAUCAAGGGCAGAACCUUGCCCUCCGGGGCCGCGCCACUCAGUCCUCUACUUACUACAAUUACAACAUUGGAUAUUUAGCCCUCGCUGCUAAUUCUAAUGAUGGAAACUUGGAUUCUAACUAUUACCAUGGCUCCUGUUCCCUCACCGGCAACGACAUGUCCCCCUGGUGGCGAGUGGAUUUACUGCAGCCCUAUAAGAUCUCUCAGGUUGUAGUGACCAAUAGGGGCGACUGCUGCGGGGAAGCGAUUAAUGGGGCUCUGAUUCUCAUUGGCGACUCAUUGGAAAAUAAUGGCAAUAACAACCCAAGCUGUGCGGAGAUCACAUACAUAGGGAAAGGCGCCACUCAGGCCUUCGAGUGCAACGGGAUGGUCGGGCGCUUCGUUACCAUAGUGAUCCCAGGGAGACAGACGUACCUGCAGAUGUGUGAAGUUCAGGUGUAUGGGGAGCCCCUCUCGGCUAAUAAGUGCGCCCCAAAUUAAUAACAGAGUAAUUAAUGUUCUACAGCAACUUUUCUUUUUGGACCCCCCCUAUCCUGCGCCUGCAUCAUGUCUGAUGGAAACAGCCAAUCAGAUCUCGAAUAAAAGUCAAUCUGGCCCCCGGGGGUCUCACAUUAUAGGGGGGCUAUUCUCAGUUUCUCUCGGUACCCAGGGUGCUUUAAUAUAUGAUUCUAUGAACUGAAUGUUGGUGAUUAUAAAGUUGGUUGCUAUGGGUUACUGCCCAGGGUUGAUAAAUGAGCCAGUUGUGUUUGAAACUAAAAUAAAAUCUGGGGCCCCAGG